GGACUGGCAGCGAGCGAGGCGCGGACGCUGAAGGCGGCAGUGGGGGCCAGAGGUUCGGCGGCUCCCAGGUGCGGGAGAGAGGCCUGCUGAAAAUGACUGAAUAUAAACUUGUGGUAGUUGGAGCUGGUGGCGUAGGCAAGAGUGCCUUGACGAUACAGCUAAUUCAGAAUCACUUUGUGGAUGAAUAUGAUCCUACGAUAGAGGAUUCCUACAGGAAACAAGUAGUAAUUGAUGGAGAAACCUGUCUCUUGGAUAUUCUCGACACAGCAGGUCAAGAGGAAUACAGUGCAAUGAGGGACCAGUACAUGAGGACUGGGGAGGGCUUUCUUUGUGUAUUUGCCAUAAAUAAUACUAAAUCAUUUGAAGAUAUUCACCAUUAUAGAGAACAAAUAAAAAGAGUUAAAGACUCUGAAGAUGUACCUAUGGUCCUAGUAGGAAAUAAGUGUGAUUUGCCUUCUAGAACAGUAGACACAAAACAGGCUCAGGACUUAGCAAGAAGUUAUGGAAUUCCUUUUAUUGAAACAUCAGCAAAGACAAGACAGAGAGUGGAGGAUGCUUUUUAUACAUUGGUGAGAGAGAUCCGACAAUACAGAUUGAAAAAAAUCAGCAAAGAAGAAAAGACUCCUGGCUGUGUGAAAAUUAAAAAAUGCAUUGUAAUGGGUGUUGAUGAUGCCUUCUAUACAUUAGUUCGGGAAAUUCGAAAACAUAAAGAGAAGAUGAGCAAAGAUGGUAAAAAGAAGAAAAAGAAGUCAAAGACAAAGUGUAUAAUUAUGUAAAUACAAUUUGUACUUUCUUAAGGCAUACUUAAGUAAAAGUCAUCAUUUUUGUACAUUACACUAAAUUAUUAGCAUUUGUUUUAGCAUUACCUAAUUUUCUUUUUGCUCCAUGCAAGCUGUUAGUUUUCAUCUUGAAUGCUUAUUUUAAAUGACAGUGGAAACUUUUUCCCUCUGAGGACCAGUAUUCCCUGAGUUUUGGUUUUCAAACUCGCAAUGCCUGUGAAAAGAAACUGAAUACCUGAGAUUUCGGUUUCGGGGUUUUUGGUGCAUGCAGUCAAUUACUUCCUAGUUUUCUUACCGAUUGUGAACAUUCAGUGUGCAAUGAAUUAAUGAAACUUUCAAAUAAUCCCUAUUUUGAGUUUUAUCUAUUCACAUAAAUGGAUUAAUUACCAAUUAAAACUUCAAUUGACUUCAUGAUUGGUUUUACCUUAACAUUGAGGAAAUAAAACUUGUUUGGGCUUCUGUAAUUUUCAGAUUAACCUAAAUAAAUGUGCAGAUACAUUGUUCACAAAGAUUUCUUCCCCUUUCCACUGCUGUUUGCCAUGGUCACACCCCAAAAUAGUAUAUUUUUUCUAUAAAAACGGGGGAAAAUGGGGAAAAAAUACAAGGCAUUGGAAAAUAUCAAAAGGUCAUUUACUUUCCACAUUAGAUAAAUUCUUGUAAGACUCCUUAUAGCUUUUCCUGUUAAGUCAGAUUCCGUAUGUAGUGGGGAACAUAGCAACCAUUUUGGGGCUACUAAAUUUUUCUAAUUGGGGUGGGAUAACAUAUAUUAAAAAUACUCAUAGGAAUUAAAUGUAGUCUUACUGUGUUGGGUUCCUUUUUCUUAACAUAAUGCUAAACUUUUCUUAACCUUGAGUCUUUGAAAUAGUUUUUGAUUUUGGUAGUGAUGUUAAUCAUUUGGGCCAGUUAGCUUAGUAGGUGUUUCAGAGGCCAAGAUGGUUAAGUCCAGGCCCUGGUGUUGACUUUUGUGCUUCACUGAGGGUUUCCCAGCAUGGAUUGAGUCCUUGUGGUCAUCCAAUGGUCGUUAUGCAUGGGUUGGCAGAAAAUGGAAAAAGAGUUUAAGUAGCUCCGUGAGAUGAAUUCUCACUACCUGGUGGACCUCCUGAUAGGGACCACUCUGUUUAACAACAGAAUUUUAAAUAGUUAAUUAAAAAUGUAAACUUUAAAAGAAUUGAGAUUGGUGGAAGGUCAGAGAGUUUCAGAAUUCCUAUUUUUGGGGGGUGGGUCCCUAUUUACAACUAUGUCAUGCUUUAAAAAAUAGAUAAACAUUAACAAAUGUUUCAAUAAAAGAUUUGAAGUGAGAUGUGGUACGGUGAAAAUAUCACUGUGGUAAGAGAAAAGAGACUAAGGUUUUAAUCAUUAUGUGUCUUUUAAAACUGAUUUUGGAUAAAUCACUUUCUAUUGUGUUUAUGUUAAAUCAUCUCAAAAGCUCUAUCUUGCUUUAGACCUUUGUGAUUUAUAUUCAUUUGGCUUAAGACACUCCUUUUAUGUCAGCUCAGACAACCUGUAAUGUUUUACCUGCAUUGUCAUCUUUAGCACUAGUCAUCAGGCAAAAUUGUGCAAGCGGUGAAGUUUAUUUUUGAAUAUUCUUUUAAAUUUUUUGUUCAUUAUAUUAGUGUCUUCUUAUCUAACCUUCCAGAAGCCCCAAUGAGUUGAUGCUUUUCCUUCUUUUAAAUUUAAUCCCCCUAAUGUUCUCUAAGAUGUUUUGUUAUGAAUAUCCCCAUGAAAUAUCAAAUUGUACUACUACAUCUUAUUUCCUUGUGGCUCAAGAUCACAUGACAGAUGACGUAAUGGGAUUUAAUGACCUAAUAACUCAUUUUCAGUUGGUGGUUGCAGCCGUUUAUUCUUUGACUAUCAACUGGAUGCUCCUACCUGGUCCAUUAGUGACUAAGGUAGGCAUUUUCUAGCCUGCUAUAUGGAGAGAGAACCCUCUACAGUGGAAAGCAAAUUUUCUAAAGGUAGUUUUGGAAGAAUUCCUUAAGUACUCUAUAAUUAGGACUAGCUUUUAUGGAGAUACUGUCCAUUAUUUUAAUAAUUAAAAUCUUACAAGGACAAGUACUUUUGAAAUUUAAUUUCUAAAGUGUAACUUUUUUUAAGCAGAAUUCAUUUAUGUAUUCCUUGAAUAUUUAUUGUGUGCCUACUAGAUGAUAGGCACUAUGCAAAGCGCUGAAGGAUAUUAUGGUCUCCCCAAUCGAGAGACAUCACUGUCCUUAGGUAGUGUUUAUAUUCUGAAGUGGCCUGUGCUAUAUGAGGGAGGCAUUUGACACACAGCUCAGAGAUAACAUGAUGCAUACUUUUGUUUUGCAAACAAGGUCUAUGGUUUCUAAGGCUUCUUCUCGUUCUAAUAUAAUUGUUUUGCUAUGAUUCAAAUGUAACUGUUUAAUCAAGCCACUUUACAUACAUCACUUUAAAUCAUUGCUUUAAAGGAGUGAAUUUGAUUAAUUUUUUUAAUUUAACAUAACUGUGAUUCUAUUAAAACAUUUAUAGUUUAUAAGUUGUACAUCAGGUAUAUUAAUAUCCCCAAGUGUGUAAUGUUCCAGUUGACCUCUUUGUGUAAAUAAUUAAAAUAGACUUAAAAAAUAUUGAGUUCUAAAUAAUUUUAUCUGGGAACAAAUGAACAGGUGCCUAAAUGAAUUCACAGAAAAGGAAACUGUGUAAAAAAUCAAUGUUUCUGAAAUACUAUGCUAAGAUACAGAUUUAUGAAACAUUGUUUUGGUAGAAAAGUUUUAUGCAGUACCUCCUCUUGUUCUAGACAAGAGAAAGAAAUGGCCAUACUUCAGGAAUUGUGAUAUGUAAUUAAGGAGAUUUUUUUAGGAUUGUUAAAUUUUUGUUGUAGCUGGGCAACUUUUUUUUUUUAAGGCAGUGAUAAUUAUCCUUUAUUAUGUGGAUUUUAAAUGUUUUCAGUUGUUUUGUAGAGAUUUUAAAGACGGAGGUGAUCCUAGAAAUAAGAUGCUAUAUAAUUGUUAAAGCCUUAAAAUUCUUUGAGGUUAAAACAAAAAUUACUAAAAUACAUAGUCUUAGACAAUAACAUGUUUGUGGAAGAAUGUAGUAGAAAUAUGUAGUAUAAUUUGAGUGAAUAUUCCCAGCAAGCAAUGCUAAGUUCUAUUUAAAUGAGUCACACUGCAUAGGAAUUUAGAACCUGUCAUAAAUUAUCAAAACCUUUGCCACCAUUGCACAAUUUUGUCCUAAUGUAGAGAGAUGUUAUGAGGCAUGUUAAGUUGCAGUUUGCACAAGUUCAUCUCAUUUGUAUUCCAGUCAUUUUUUUCCUUCUACCCACUCAUUUCCAAGCAACAUAUAUGGAUCAUUGGGGGGUGGGGGGGGUGGGCGGGUAACAGAAACUAUCUGAAGUAAUUUCCUUUUGUAGAAAAGUAAUAAUCUCUUGAUAACUAUGUAUUAAUGAUCUUAAGAAAGCCAGCAAUUACUUUAAAGCUGAAUUUACAUGUAAUAAGUUCUGUAUUCUACUGGAUAGCAUGAAUUCUGCCUUGAUAAACUGAAUAGCAUAUAACUGAUAGCUGUAAAUUCAGUCAGAAUAUGAGUUAUUUCUUUCUAAGGAAAGAUAUUUUCACACCAGUAUUUAAAAAAUAGUCAUGACUCUUUAAGAUUUCUGUUGUAGCCUAAUAGUUUUAAGUGCCUGUUGUGAUAAUAGGCAACUUCGGUGAGUUUAGAAAACACAAAGUUGUUACCUGCAGAAAUGUUCAUUACAAGGAGCCCCCCCCCCAAAAGUUAAAUGGGUGACAUAAUGUUUUAUCCAAAGUUUCCAAUUCCACUGUCUUUUGUGUUUUCAUGUUGAAAAUACUUUUACUUUUUUUUUCCUUUGAGUGCCAAUUUCUUACUAGUACUAUUUCCUAUUGUAACAUGUUUACCUGGAAUGUAUUUUAACUAUUUUUGUAUAGUGUAAACUGAAACAUGCACAUUUUGUACAUUGUGCUUUCUUUUUCUUCUCUGUGGGACACAUGCAGUGUGAUCGAGUUGUUCUCCAUCAUUUGGUUGUGCUGACCUAGGAAUGUGGUUGGUCAUAUCAAACAUGAAAUUUAAGAAUGACCACUCUUUACACGAAAAUGAACUUUUAAAUGUUUAUAGGGGUAUGUGCUGUGGAGUGAUCUGAAAUUUGUAAUAUUUUUGUCAUGAACUGUACUGCUCCUAAUUAUUGUAAUGUAAUAAAAACUAGUUAUGGUGAA